CCUCGCCAGGCGCCGCUGGAAAGGACCUCGCCGGCCGCUUCGCACAGACCCACUUUUACAGAUGGGGAAACUGAGGCUUAGAGAGAAAGGCGCUGGCUGCGGGCGCCCUAACGUGUGCUGGGCCCUUCCUUAGCGGAGGGAGGAGGAGCUCUGCACCCGCGCCGGUCCGGGACCCCAGAGGCGGCGGCCCGCGAUGUCCCCCUCCGGAAGGAGCUCCCCGGAAAUUCCCAACUCUGAGAGGAUGGAGGAGGAAGAGGAGGAAGAUGAUGAUGAUGAGGAGGAAGAGGAGGAGGAGGAAGAGUUGGACCUCUUUGGAGGAUACGACAGUUUCCGAAGUUACAACAGCAGCCUGGGCAGCGAGAGCAGCUCCUACUUGGAAGAGUCCAGUGACAAUGAAAAUGAGCUGAACGAUCGAGAAGCCGGGGAGCUGCCCACGUCUCCCCUGCUGAUCCCCAGCCCCAACACCCCUCGGUCCCAGGACGGCAGUGGUUCUGAGCCAGCCGUCUGUGAGAUGUGCGGCAUCGUGGGCACGCGGGAGGCCUUCUUCUCCAAGACGAAGCGGUUCUGCAGUGUCUCCUGCUCCAGGAGCUACUCCUCUAACUCCAAGAAGGCCAGCAUCCUGGCCAGGUUGCAGGGGAAGCCACCCACCAAGAAGGCCAAGGUCCUCCACAAGGCGGCCUGGUCUGCCAAGAUUGGUGCCUUCCUGCACUCCCAGGGCACCGGGCAGCUUGCGGACGGGACCCCAACGGGGCAGGACGCUCUGGUCCUGGGCUUUGACUGGGGGAAAUUCCUGAAGGAGCACAAUUACAAGGCGGCCCCUGUCAGCUGCUUCAAGCAUGUUCCUCUGUUCGAUCAGUGGGAUGAUGUGGUGAAAGGGAUGAAGGUGGAGGUCCUGAACAAUGAUGCUGUGCUCCCGAGCCGCGUCUAUUGGAUCGCCUCAGUCAUCCAGACGGCAGGCUACCGGGUGCUCCUUCGGUACGAAGGCUUUGAGAACGACUCCAGCCACGACUUCUGGUGUAACCUGGGCACCGUGGAUGUGCACCCUAUCGGCUGGUGCGCCAUUAACAGCAAAAUCCUCGUGCCCCCCCAGACCAUUCACGCCAAGUACACGGACUGGAGGAGCUACCUCAUGAAGCGGCUGGUGGGAGCCAGGACCCUCCCGGUGGAUUUCCACAUCAAGAUGGCAGAGAGCAUGAAGUACCCCUUCCGUCAGGGGAUGCGCGUGGAGGUGGUGGACAAGACCCACGUGUCCCGGACGCGCAUGGCCGUGGUGGACACGGUGAUCGGGGGCCGCCUGCGGCUGCUCUAUGAGGACGGCGACGGUGACGACGACUUCUGGUGCCACAUGUGGAGCCCCCUCAUCCACCCUGUGGGCUGGUCCCGCCGCGUUGGCCACAGCAUCAAGAAACCAGGUGUGGGCAGAACAGAGAGACGGGGGGAGCUGAGCAGCCACCCGACCUUUCGGAAGAUCUACUGUGACGCUGUUUCCUACCUCUUCAAGAAGGUGCGGGCGGUCUACACCGAAGGCGGUUGGUUUGAAGAAGGGAUGAAGUUGGAGGCCAUCGACCCACUGAAUCUGGGCAACAUCUGCGUGGCCACCGUUUGCAAGGUCCUCCUGGACGGCUACCUCAUGAUCUGCAUCGAUGGCUCCCCCUCUGUGGACGACUCGGACUGGUUCUGUUACCACGCCUCGUCCCACGCCAUCUUCCCCGCCACCUUCUGCCAGAAGAACGCCAUCGACCUCACGCCUCCCAAAGGCUACGACCCCAAGACCUUUGACUGGGCCUCGUACCUCGAGGAGACCAAUUCCAAGGCUGCUCCCGCCCGGCUCUUCAACAUGGACUGCCCCAACCACGGCUUCAAGGUGGGCAUGAAGCUGGAGGCGGUGGACCUGAUGGAGCCGCGCCUCAUCUGCGUGGCCACGGUGAAGCGGGUGGUGCAGCGGCUGCUCAGCAUCCACUUUGAUGGCUGGGACAGCGAGUAUGACCAGUGGGUGGAUUGUGAGUCCCCCGACAUCUAUGCCGUGGGCUGGUGCGAGCUGAUCGGCUACCAGCUCCAGCCCCCGGUGGCUGCAGGUCUGUCCCCUUGGCGCCGCCACACAGGCUUCUCUUCCAGGGUGGGCCGCGAGGAGUCCACAACUCCCCAGCUGACCAAGGAAGUUAUGAGGAAGAAGAAGAAACCAUUUGGGAAGAAGAGGAAAAGGAUCACAACCAAGACGCGUCCGCCGGCCAAGAAGAGCCAGCACUGACCAAGCCCUGGGUCCACGGGAGGCCCCCAAGCCUGGGGCUAAACCCAUCUCUUCACGGGGAAGCUGAGCACCUCCUUGGAUGGGCAGGGGGCCCUCCUAUGUUCCCAUGGUGCAAGAUUGUGAAGCUGAUGGUCCUGCAAGGUGACUCCCCUCCCCCACCAGGGGUCCCAGGACCCUCUCUCUGGCCAUGUCCUCUGUGAGGGAAGCCGGAAGAGGAAGAGAAGGGACCACGGCAGAAGUCCUGAGGACCCACCUCCCUGACGCCUUCUCCUUUUUUCUGCGAGCGUCUCCUGAAACUCCAGGGCCUGGGCCUUCGCUUGGAGAGGACACUGUGGGCCCAAAGACCCUGCAUGGAAGCCACUGUCUCCCCAGCUCUCAGCUUCUGGGCUUGAAACCCCCCCCCCCCCCGACCUUGAAUAUGAAGAGACACUCACUCCUUUCCCUUAGACACAUUCUUCCAGAAAGGAGAAAAAGCCUCUUUUUCUUGAACAAAUCAUGCUCCUUGCCCAGGGAUGUGAAGCCUGGGCCGGCGGGUAGGGCUCAGACUGGCGUGUCCCCCAGCUCCCUCUGAAUCCCCUCCUCCUUCUAUCCUGGCCAGCCUUGAGCGGGACUGUCUGAUUUCAGGCACCCCUUCUCCUCAAUGAGCUGCCUUCUCUGGGCCCCACACCUUCUGGAGGGAGAGGAGGGCCGGGGGUCAGGAGGCUGUCUCAGGGUGUGCUUUGUAAGAGGAGGGGGCUGGGGGUUCCUUCCCUUCCCACUCCCAGCCGCCCUCCUGGGUACUUCAGAGCUGCAGCAGGGCGGGCAGGAACCUUCACUCACCUGUCCACCAGGGCCAGUGGGGAUUGGUGGAGACCUUCAGUGUAAGACCCGAAGCAGACAUGGGAUAACCAUGUAGAGUAUUUGACACGAGGCCCUGGGGAAAGGAGGUUGGAGUCGCUUUGCCGAAGGAGCCCCGGAGAGCAGGUUUAAAGUGUAGCGGUAGAUGAGGCAGCUCCGCAGUUAGCUGUGUCUCCGAGUGGCCUUAGCGAGGGCAGACCCCGCCGAGCUGGAGCCACCCCCUGGCAGGGAUGCCCCAGAGACGAUCCUUUAGGCUCAGGGAGAAGGAUCAGUAACUUGCCUUUCUCACUUAAAGGUUGACAAAGCGCUUUCCCCAGAAACACCCCUGUGAGGUGGGUGCUGUGUGGUGUUCCCCAUUUUACAUGAGUCAAGGCCCUAGGAGGUACGCCCAGAAGCAGGAAAGGUAGAGAUUGUGGUUCCGGCCUGGCAGUGCCCCCUCUCCCCCCUCCGAGCGACUGGGGGAGAGGCUGCAGUUUAGAGGGCUUGGGCCGCAGGAGCCCUCGGGAGAGCCCUUCUCCCUCAGACACAGCUUGUCCUGGAGCUGCCCCAUGGCUAUCCUUGCAAUGGGUAGGAAGUGAUUCCAGUUGGCCCUUAAGAGUCCUCAGGGGAGGGCUUGUAGCACCCCCUCCCCCCAAUGAUCAGAGUUUCUGCUGGUACCCAGGGCCAGCGGCCAGGCCUCCGUACAGCCGCUAACGGGCCUCUGGCCCAGCCACGGUGACACCAGAAAAGUGGUCGCUAGCUAGACAGACACCCAGGUUUUCUAAAUAGAACCUGGAAAGGCUCCUUAUGAGUGAGGGAAUCAUUUUGAACCUGAUCAUGAGAAGGGACCAUUUGCCCCCAGUCACAUUUUAGGGCACACGACAGACCAGUUUCAGUUGGUUGUCCUCAGAACUCUUGAUCCAUGUUGAGGCCUUCCUCCUCAGCCCCUCCUGUCUGGGGAACUUGCUCCUUCUGUGCAGCCUGGAGUGCUUUAAGAAGCCUGUCAGACCCGGAGAAGCAGAAAGAUGGGAGCCCCUUUGUCAUGGCUGCCUGUCAGGCAUCAGGCGGCCUGACCAGGCCCAAGCUGGCCCACUGACCUCGGCUUCUGUCCAGUGAGGUGUCUGAGCAUGGUUGGGGCAGCCCAGAGUUCCCCCAGCAUCCCCGGAGCAUGCCCUCUCAGCCUAACUCGGACCUUGUGGCCUGUCUCCCACAGCUGCCGGGGACCAGAGUUCAGUCCUUCCUUUUAGUCUCGAUUCUCUUGUUAGUGGCAGGCUGGAACCCGGAUCUUUGGGGAUCCUGGUCAUCCGCUGUCCACCAGUAUUUCUGUCUCAGGUUCCCCUCAAAAGCUUAGUGUCUUCAAUGAAUUGUUAGUGAUUAAAAGCAAAAUGGUUUUUAAGAAUGUCGAAUUGUUAACAUUGUGAAAGGUAUCAGUGUCCUAAGCCUUGAACCUGGCGUCCCCCAAAGUAGGAGCCGAGUCUGGGGCAUGGACAGCGGACGAGCUGCCCCACGGACCUGCUCUGGUGUCCAUCGUCUUCCCACUCAUGUGUCCAUUGUCUUCCCAGUAAUGGUUUCUGAUUGCCAUAGAUCUUAGAGGCUGGCACAUAAUUUCCUCAGAAGGUCGCUAACGUUGGAAGCACACCAGUGAUUCCCUCUAAUGAGAGGCCCAGAAUUGCCCACAAUGCUGGGGGGCAGGAGUCAAACCCAGGCCUCUGAGAACCAGGCCGGCUGCUUUCUGACUGCUUUGCCUCUGAGACAGGGCCUUCACCUGAUCUCUGGUCUACCUUCUGCUCCUUCUUAGUCUUCCAGGGUCAAUCUGUGACCCUCUGAUAGCAUCCCUCUUUCACUCCCUAUUGGUUUAAAAAGGUCUCGAUUUCCUAUGUAGACCUGUUGCAAUCCCCUAUUUUUACUCCUGAUCUCAUUUGCGUGCAGUACGCUCUUAAAUGCUUGUCGGGGGCUGGCUCAGACGACCCCAAGAUCCCUCUCUGGAGGUCUGGAUUGGUGUGAACCCUAAUGCUCCAGCUUCCCCUCUUAUCUGCCAACAAAGCUGUGCAUAAGGGUGAGCCCGGCACCAAAGUGAGACCUUUCUCCUGGGUCUUUGGGGAAAAAGAAAUCUUAGUCAUUGAAAAAGCCUAGUUUAAUCCUAGUAAAUAAUCGGUGUUUAAAAAAAAAAAAAAUAGAUGAAUCUCCCCUUGUAGGGAAUGGUCCCUUACGACCACCUAAAAGAAAGUUCAUUCUCCCCAUUUUGUUCAAGUAAUAAAGUUUGUUCUCAGUCUCGGAAGAUGCAAGUAAGAAGCGCCCAGGACUGUGCUGGAACCAGCUCCAAGCUGCUUUUUAAUUUUUAGUGUGAGCAUUGAAACUUAAGCCACAAAAUCAGAACUUGACUUACCCCUUGGCUGUGAUGGAGAAAAUGUUUAAAACAAGCGAAAUCAUCAGUCUGUUUUACAUGCUUUUUGUUGUGGAGCUAGGGCUCUGUUAAACAUUUACCAGCACACCCUGGAGGGAUGAAGGGAAGAAAGGGGACGUAGUGAAGCAUUUGGAGCUGGCCCAGACUCAUUCAGGAGGCUUCUGAUGGACACUGUGUAGUUAAGGACUCAAAAAAAAAA